AUGGCUUCUGCCACCACACCCACCACCUUCUCUCUCCUCCAAACCACCAUCGCCUCCACCUCCCGCACCCGCUCUUCUCUCUCCCAUGUCUCCUUACCCUCUUCUCUCAAACCCACCACUCUCCGCCGCCUCGGCUUCUCCGCAGCCGAUCCCCUCUUCGCUCUUCAGGUAGCUUCCAAAAUUCGAUCCUUUGGCUCCGGCAAAGCCGUUAGAGGCGUUGUGUCAAUGGCGAAGAGGAGCGUUGGAGACCUAUCAGUAGCUGACUUGAAGGGGAAGAGGGUGUUUGUCAGGGCUGACUUGAAUGUGCCUUUGGAUGACAGCCAGAACAUCACUGAUGAUACUAGAAUUCGCGCUGCUAUUCCCACCAUUAAGCAUUUGAUUGAGAAAGGGGCUAAAGUCAUUCUUUCCAGUCAUUUGGGACGACCAAAAGGUGUGACCCCAAAAUUUAGCUUGGCACCUCUUGUACCUCGGCUAUCUGAACUUCUUGGGAUUCAGGUUGUGAAGGCUGAGGACUCCAUUGGUCCAGAAGUAGAAAAGUUGGUGGCUUCACUUCCUGAUGGCAGUGUUCUUCUUCUUGAAAAUGUGAGGUUUUACAAGGAGGAAGAGAAGAAUGAUCCUGAGCAUGCAAAGAAGCUUGCCUCCUUAGCAGAUCUUUAUGUCAAUGAUGCAUUCGGUACUGCCCAUAGAGCUCACGCCUCAACUGAGGGGGUCACAAAAUUCUUGAGGCCAUCUGUAGCUGGUUUCCUUUUGCAGAAGGAACUCGACUAUCUUGUUGGGGCAGUAUCAAGUCCAAAAAGACCAUUUGCAGCCAUUGUUGGUGGUUCAAAGGUCUCAUCCAAGAUUGGGGUGAUUGAGUCACUUCUAGAGAAGGUUGAUAUCUUACUUCUUGGUGGCGGAAUGAUUUUCACAUUUUACAAGGCACAGGGUCUCUCAGUCGGUUCGUCUCUGGUAGAAGAAGACAAACUAGAACUUGCUACAUCACUCAUUGCAAAGGCCAAGGCAAAGGGAGUGUCUCUUUUGUUACCCACUGAUGUCGUAAUUGCAGACAAGUUUGCUCCUGAUGCAAACAGCAAGAUUGUUCCAGCUUCAAGCAUCCCUGAUGGGUGGAUGGGACUGGAUAUUGGUCCAGACUCUAUUAAGACAUUCAAUGAGGCACUGGAUACCACUCAAACCAUCAUCUGGAACGGACCAAUGGGAGUAUUUGAGUUUGACAAGUUUGCAGAAGGAACAGAGUCUGUUGCAAAGAAGCUUGCAGAACUUAGUGGGAAGGGAGUGACAACAAUCAUUGGAGGUGGAGAUUCUGUUGCUGCCGUGGAGAAAGUAGGAGUUGCUAGUGUGAUGAGCCACAUAUCGACUGGUGGUGGUGCUAGUUUGGAGUUGUUGGAAGGUAAACAACUUCCUGGUGUACUCGCUCUCGACGAAGCCACACCGGUUCCCGUGUAA